UUAGUAGAAUAGUAGGUAUCGAUCGGCUCACUAAAAUUCACAUCAGACAGAAACACAUCUCUCGUUCUUCUCGAUUUCAGGCUGCAACUCAUCUCAAGUCAUGUCGAUUAGGGUUUUAUUACUUGUCGCUCUUCUCCUCUUCUCCGCUCCUCCUUUUCUCCGAGUUGUUAGAUGUCAAUCUGAGUCUGACACUGAGGUAGAGGUAGAAGCUGCGGAAGAUGGAGGCGAGCUUGGGAUUGUGGAUGAUGAGGUCCAGGAUUAUGGCGGUGGAAGUUUCGUUUCAGCUCCCGGUGUCGAAACAGUUUGCGUUUUCCCCAAAAAUCCUUCUAAAUCUGUCGUUGCAGGGGAACCAACUGAUCUUUUAAUUGGACUGAAAUAUGAGGGUGAAUCAAAUCUAAAUGUUGUUGCUGUUCAAGCAAGUAUCCAUCUUCCUUAUGAUCAUAAUCUGCGGGUUCAGAAUCUUUCUUCACAGGCUUUCAACAACGCCUCACUUUCUGCUUCAGCCCAUGCGACGUUCCCAUACACUUUUGCAGUCAGCAAAUUUUUGCAGGCUGGGACAUUUGAUCUUGUGGGGAUCAUUGUUUAUGAGAUAGACUCUACAGCAUACCAAAGUACAUUUUACAAUGGUACCAUUGAAGUUACUGAGGCUGGAGGUCCUCUAAGUGUUGAAUCUGUAUUUCUCUUCUCUCUUGCGGUAGCCUUGCUUGUCCUUCUUGGUUUGUGGGUUCGUACUCAGAUUUCUCAAUUCUCGAAGAAAACCAAGAGGGUGCAGAAGGUGGAAGUUGGCACUGAAACUACUACUGCUUCCAUGGAUGAAUGGCUUGAGGGAACUGCAUAUACUCAGUCUAACAAAUCAAAGAAAAAGAAGUAGAUCAGUUUUGAGGCCUGGUUUGGCUGACGGAAUCAGUACAACUGAUCUCUAGAUUCUUGUAACUCAAGUUAGCCAUAUAGAAAGAUUAAGGAAGCAUCAAGGUGAAAGUGAUGAAGGGGAGAGAGAGACUUGAAUAGACUUGCCUUGCUGUUGUAGCAUGACAUAGAAUCUUCUAUGCUUUAUUAGUUUCCACCUUGUAAAAGUCUCGAGUAUUUUUCUCUCAACACAGAAUUAACGUAAAUUUCUUUUAGAAAAGAUACAAUUUUGUAAAAACUUGUUUAUGCUGAGUGUGCCAAUUUCUAGUUUUAGUUGGAA